CCGGAGGUGUCGUGGAUCCCCAACAAGCACUACUCCGGCAUCUACGGCCUGAUGAAGCUGACGCUUACCAAGGCACUGCCUUCCAACCUCUCCAAGGUUAUUGUCUUGGACACCGACAUCACCUUUGCCACUGACAUCGCUGAGCUCUGGGCUGUCUUCGGGAAGUUUUCUGACAAGCAGGUGAUUGGGCUGGUGGAGAACCAAAGCGACUGGUAUUUGGGCAACCUGUGGAAAAACCACAAACCGUGGCCGGCCCUGGGACGUGGCUUCAACACGGGUGAGCGUGGGCUGCUGCCCGACCGCCUGCGUCGCCUGGGCUGGGAGCAGAUGUGGCGGCUGACGGCGGAGCGGGAGCUCAUGAGCAUGCUUUCCACCUCGCUGGCCGAUCAGGACAUCUUUAACACGGUGCUGAUCAAGCAGGACCCGGCCCUGGUGUACCGGCUCCCCUGCUUUUGGAACGUGCAGCUCUCUGAUCACACCCGCUCGGAGCAGUGCUACACCGAGGUCUCGGAUCUCAAGGUGAUCCACUGGAACUCGCCCAAGAAGCUGCGGGUGAAGAACAAGCACGUGGAGUUCUUCCGCAACCUCUACCUGACCUUCCUGGAGUACGAUGGGAACCUGCUGCGCAGGGAGCUCUUCGGCUGUGCCAGUCUCCCCAGCCCGCCCAGCGACCAGCUGCAGCAGGCGCUGGAGGAGUUGGACGAGGACGAUCCCUGCUACGAUUUCCGCCGGCAGCACCUCACGCAGCAUCGCAUCCACCUGUUCUUCCUGCAAUACGAGUUCCUGGCCCUUCCUGACCCCACUGAUGUCACCCUCGUGGCCCAGCUCUCCAUGGACAGGUUACAGAUGUUGGAGGCCAUCUGCAAACACUGGGCAGGCCCCAUCAGCCUGGCGCUGUACAUGUCGGACGCGGAGGCUCAGCAGUUCCUGCGCUACGCCCAGGCCUCUGAGGUGCUGAGCGCCCGUCGCAACGUCGCCUACCACAUCGUCUACAAGGAGGGGCAGUUCUACCCCAUCAACCUCCUGCGCAACGUGGCCUUGGCCAACACGCAGACGCCGUAUGUCUUUCUGACGGACAUUGACUUCCUGCCUAUGUACGGCCUCUACGAUUACCUCAGGAACUCCAUCCAGCAGCUGGAGCUGCCCCAGAGGAAGGCAGCUCUCAUCGUACCGGCGUUCGAGACCCUGCACUACCGCCUGACCUUCCCCAAAUCCAAAGCAGAGCUGCUCUCCAUGCUGGACAUGGGCUCCCUCUACACCUUCAGGUACCACGUGUGGCCGAAAGGCCAUGCCCCAGUCUUCGGCGGGAACAAGGUGUCCCACAUCAUGGAGCUGGAUGCGCAGGAGUAUGAGCUGCUGGUCCUGCCCAAUGCCUUCAUGAUCCACAUGCCUCACGCCCCCAGCUUCGACAUCUCCAAGUUUCGCCUGAGCGCAGGGUACCGGGGCUGCCUCCAGACACUGCGGGAGGAGUUCCACCAGGACUUGUCACGGCGGUACGGGGCUGCCGCGCUCAAAUACCUCACCGCCGAGAGGAGCCUGUGA